AUGGCCGGACCCAGCAAGAAGAAGUCGCGUCAGUCCGGCGCCGGCCUGGCGGGGCUCGCCGCGCGCCUCACCAAGCGCCUCGCCGACGAGAACCCCCGCACCAACCUCGUCUUCUCCCCGCUCUCCAUCUACACCGCCGUCUCGCUCCUGGCGCCCGGCGCACGGGGAGACACCCUGGACGAGAUCCUCCGCCUCCUCGGCGCCCGGUCCCGCCACGACCUCGAGGAAUCCAUCGCCACCACGGUGGCCGACGCGCUCAAGGACCGAUCCGGUUCCGGCGGGCCGACCGUGGCGUUCGGGUACGGCGUGUGGAACGACACGACGCGUCCGCUCAAGCCGGCGUACCGCCAGGCCGUCGUCGGCACGUACAGGGCGGAGGCGCGCGCCCUGGACUUCCACGGGAACGCGGAGGACGCGGCGGGGCAGAUCAACGCCUGGGUCGCGGACGUCACGACGAACCUCAUCACCGACGUCGUCUCCGCCAGAUCCUUCACCACCGAGACGGACGUCGUGCUCGCCAACGCCAUUUACUUCAAGGGCAAGUGGGACAUGCCCUUCUACGAGCGGAACACCAAGGACAGGCCGUUCCACCUGCUCGACGGCGCCGCCAUCGACGCGCCCUUCAUGUACAACUCGAGCCGCCACUUCAUCGCCGUGCACGACGGGUUCAAGGUGCUCAAGCUGCGGUACAAGAUGCAACAACAACAAGAUUAUUACAGAUCAAACACUUCUCGGACGCCCAACUCCAAGAAGGACACGCAGUACUCCAUGUGCAUCUUCCUACCGGACGCGCACGACGGCCUGCACACACUGCUCGACGAGAUAACCUCCCGGCCGGGCUUCGUGCGCGACCACCUGCCGUCGAGCACGGUCAAGGUCGGCGAUUUCGGUGUUCCAAAGUUCAAGCUUGAGUUCACGAGCAACGUCAAACAAGUCCUCAAACACCUGGGGCUUGUGCUGCCCUUCGGCAUGGGGGCUGACCUGUCGGACAUGAUGGAGGCCGACGGCAGCCGCUUGCCUUUGCUUGUUCAUGACGUCUUCCACAAGGCUGUCAUCGAGGUCAACGAGGAAGGCACCGUAGCUGCGGCAGUCACCAUGAUGCCGGCGCCUGCUGGAUGUGCACCGAUGAGGAAGCGGGAGCCGACGGUGGAUUUUGUGGCUGACCAUCCUUUUGCGUAUUUCAUCGUCGAGGAGGCUUCCGGCGCGAUCCUCUUUGCGGGGCAUGUCGUGGACCCUACCGAUGGCAAAGCCCCGCCGCGGACAGGAAAGCAUGCAGCCAUGGCUAGAGGACACGAGUUGCUGCCGAAGAUAAGAAACCCCCCGAGGCACUUCUAUAAAGUAGGGCCGCAGAUUCAUUACGUAGGGCUGCCCAAGAGGCCUACCAGCUCCACUGGCCUGGCAACGCUCGCUGCCCGGCUCGCCGGGUGCCUCGCUGAGAGAAGCGCAGACAAGAACCUGGCCGAGGCCAGCGCCGUCGACUUCCGCCACGCGCCAGAGGAAGCGCGGGAGCAGAUCAACGCGUGGGCGGCGCAGAAGACGAGGAACCUGAUCGACUCCGUCCUCCCUCCGGGGUCGAUAAAACCGACGACCCCCGUCGUGCUAGGAAACGCCUUGUACUUCAAUGGCGCAUGGGAGGACGAGCCGUUCGACAAGAGGGGCACUAUGCAAAAGACCUUCCACAAGCUGGAUGGCAGCCACGUCGACGUGCCCUUAAUGCAGAGCCGGAGGAGGCAGUUCGUCGCCGUGCAUGACGGAUUCAAGGUGCUUAAACUCCAGUACAAGAUGGUUGAGAAAGAUCGAGAUGAUCCAUAUGGUCAUCCUCAUGACACAACGCAGUUCUCCAUGUGCAUCUUCCUACCGGACGCCCUCGACGGCCUGCAGGGGCUGCUCCACACGAUAGCGUCCAAGCCCGGGUUCCUGCAACACCACCUUCCCCAGUGCCGAGUAGACGUCCGCGAAAUUCGGGUGCCCAAGUUCAAGCUCUCCUUCCACAAGAGUGUCGUCCCCGUCCUCGAGAAGCUAGGUCUCAAGCUGCCCUUCUCCGCUCAGGCCAAUUUGUCUGACAUGGUGGAGGACGAUGGCUCUAGACUGCCGAUUAUGGUGGGCAAUAUCAUCCACAAGGCGGUGAUCGAGGUAAAUGAGGAAGGUACCGAAGCCGCAGCCGUCACCAUGGUUAUCACCAAACUAGGACACUCAAGGUGGCAACAUACCCCGCAACUAGAUUUCGUCGCCGAUCAUCCAUUUGCGUUCUACAUAGUGGAAGAGGCGACCGGCGCGGUUGUCUUCGCGGGGCACGUCCUCGACCCCUCCAAGGAGGAGUAG